AUGAACGCCCUGUGUGGCCAGGUGGGCGGUGAGAUCAAUGUGGAGAUGGACGCUGCCCCAGGCGUGGACCUGAGCCGCAUCCUGAACGAGGUGCAUGACCAGUAUGAGGAGAUGGCAGGCAAGAACCGCAAGGAUGCUGAGGAUUGGUUCUUCAGCAAGACAGAGGAGCUGAACUGCGAGGUGGCUACCAACAGCGAGCUGGUGCAGAGUGGCAAGAGCGAGAUUUUGGAGCUCCGGCGCACCAUGCAGGCCUUGGAGAUCGAGCUGCAGUCCCAGCUCAGCAACAAAGCAUCCCUGGAGGGCAACCUGGCGGAGACAGAGAACCGCUACUGCAUGCAGCUGUCCCAGAUCCAGGGGCUGAUCGGCAGCGUGGAGGAGCAGCUGGCCCAGCUUUGCUGCGAGAUGGAGCAGCAGAACCAGGAAUACAAGAUCCUCCUGGACGUGAAUACGUGGCUGGAGCAAGAGAUCGCCACCUACCGCCACCUGCUGGAGGGCGAGGAUGCCCAGCUGACUCAGUACAAGAAAGAACAUAAGCAUCUUCGUGGCUGAGGCCUUGGGGAUUGGGUGCGUGGGACAGGCAGCCCACCUGCACAUUGCUGGGGCUGGGUCCCCAGGAGCUCCAGGAGUUGAUGGCUGUCCCUCAGCAGGGCGGUGACCACCCAUCAGGUGUGUAGCAUUGUGGAAGAGGUCCAGGAUGGCAAGGUCAUCUCCUCCCGCGAGCAGGUCCACCAGACCACCGACUGAGGACUCAGCUUCCCCGGCCAGCCCCCCAAGAGGCAGGGAGGCAGCUGCCCCAUCUGCCCUGCAGUCUUCAGCCUCUCCAGCCUCAGCCCCCUGCUUCAGUCCCUUCCCCAUGCUUCCCUGCCUGAUGACAAUAAAGAUCGUUGACUCAGCUAU